UCUGCAUUAUGUACCUUAAUGUUUAUAUUCCUUAAUAAUUCGGGCCAACAUGUUCUGCUUCACUUAAGACGACUCCUACAGUGCGUUUCACCGCGUUGAGGACGAUCCCAUCACAAAGUACCUACAACAGCCGCUGUAUUUCGAGGUGGAACUGAUGGGAUCUUACAACCCUAAAGUAUCUCUUGAGCUGGCGCACUGCUGGGCGACGCUGGAGGAGGACAAGAUGUCCCUCCCUCAAUGGGACCUCAUUGUUAACGGUUGUGCAAACUCAACGGACCCGCACCCAGUGAUCUUCCACUCUGUUUUGCCUAAGGGCAGAGAUCAUUAUCCUUCCAGCUUCAAGCGGUUUGAGGUCCCGAUGUUUGCCUUUGCUGAAGACAAGGAUAACUUGAACCGCCAGGUCUUUGUCCACUGUGAGGUGGUCAUCUGUGAUGUUAGAAAUCCAGUGGAUGUGCAGUGUUCAGACCAGGACAAGACGAUGAAGGGUCAAAAACUUGCCGUUUCAGAUGACCCUGGUUUCAAAAGCGUGACUUCAGGACCAAUCAUUAUAAUGCGCUCCUAAACAAAGUCCUAAUAAAAUAUUUUAAAAAUAA